CGUAUGCCUGUGCCUGAAUGUCCCACACUGUGGCAAGUCACUAUACUCAAGGUCGUCGUCUUUCCCCUCUCUACCGAUCGCUUUACCAUCGACACAGCCAUUUCGCACCAUGGCCACCGCCGACUACCGUUUCCUUUUCGACAGCUCCUUCGCUCCGGACAAGGACCUACAAAGGCCACAUGUCACUCUGACAUUCGCCCAGAGUCUGGACGGCAAGAUAGCAGGCCGCCAGGGCCGCCAGUUGAUCCUCAGCGGACCAGAGUCCAUGAAGGCGACUCAUAUCCUGAGAUCAAAGCACGACGCCAUUUUAGUGGGCAUUGGCACAGUCCUGAACGACGAUCCUCGCUUGACAGUGCGUUUGAACAGUGACGAUCUCCAACCAGGAUCCGACCCUGUUCAGCAUCCCCAGCCGGUUAUCCUGGAUAGCACCUUCCGAUUUCCCGUAACCGCGAAGUUGGUCCUGCCCACAUCACCCAAGAAGCCCUGGAUCUUCACAGGUCCAGCACACGACCAUCAAAGGAGAUCUGAGCUUGAAGCAUUGGGCGCAAGAGUUUUUGUCCUUGGGGUGGAUUCUGACGGACGCCUGUCGAUACCUGAUCUUCUUUCGAAGUUGCGCCAACAGUCAAUCCGAUCCUUGAUGGUUGAAGGAGGUGCAGGAAUCAUUUCGUCGUUCCUCAGAUCGGGCUUGGUCGACUCGUUUUUGUUGACCAUCGCGCCGGUUUAUGUUGGUCAUGAAGGUGUCAGCGCAGUGCAGGAUGCGGAGGCCGCUGCAAAAUUCGACAAGAUCUCAUAUCAUACACUAGGACGAGAUGUUAUGAUGGUAGCAAGACCACAAAGAGACUAAAGAGCGGCAAAAAAAAAAAAAAACGGUUUCUUUCAUGUGCCGUGUAUAUUACAUGUUGUUAUAUUACAGAAAUCUCAAUCGCUCUGUGUGCCAGUCUACAUGCUAGGCGCCAUCAUUUCGG